CAUAGUACAACAAGGAUAUUGUGAUAUUUGUUAUCACUGUUUGUUAGCGCUUGUUGUAGGAUCUAUAAAACUAAAUCAGUGUGUUAAAAUGGGUGUUAUGUGUAAUAUACUGGUGAAUCGAACCCCACGAGAUUUCUACACACCGGGUGAGCCAGUUACUGGCAUAGUUAAAUAUGCCGUGGACGAGGAGACAAAGUUUGAAGACAUCGUGCUGUCAUAUGUCGGGAAAGGACACUGCAGCUGGAGCGAGAACACCGGCACCGGCAAGCACCGGCGGACGCGCCACUACUCCGGCACAGAAGAAAUAUUCAGAAUCAACCUCAGUAUCUUGCCAAAGGAUAAAGCCCAAGAUAAUACAGUAGCCCUCCCCACCGGCGCCUACGAGGCACCCUUCCAGUUCAUCACGCCGCACAACAUACCACCCACGUACAAGGACCACACCGGAGAAAUAAGCUACAAAUUGAAAGUGAAAUUCAAGAGGCCAGGCAUAUUUGAGACCAACAAAAAAUUCCACACCGCCAUUAAUAUUAAAAGCCAAGCCAACCCAGUAGUGCCUCAGGAACCCAUCGUUUACGGAAUAGACAAGACAUUAGUCACAAUGUUUUCUUCAAAGAAAAACAGGAUAAAUGUACAGGCCGAGAUACAGAAGUCUUAUUUGCGAGCCGGCGACCGCGCCGAGCUGAGGCUGGUGGUCAACAACGACUCCCGAGUGACCAUACCACGAGUGCAGGCCGGCAUUUAUGAAAAACGCACCUACACAGCAAGCUGUGGUAAAACUAAAAGAAUUUACAAAUACAUUAAGGCAAGUAAAACGAGAUCACCGACUAUACCUGAUCGCAGUGUGUCGAACUUCACACUGAGCGUGCCUUCUACGGCGGAACUGUUCACGAUACAGAACUGCAGGGUCGUAGCUAAAGAGUACUUUGUAAAAGUAACCCUGAAGCUUCCAAUGCCCUACAUCAAUGCGUCAGUAGAAAUCCCGGUAGUGAUUUCUGGAGCGGAGUUGGUAGAAGUCAAUGAGCUGACGGUAAGCAUGCCUUCAACGUCGGCCGGGCCUUCUACUGAAGCACCGCCGACGUAUGAAGAGGCGAUGCAUGACACCGUACCGACGUAUAAGAAAAUGCCUCUCUAAUCUUGAAGAGUUAAAUUAAGAUUUUUAUACAAAAAAUAACUAUUGACGAAUAAAUAAAUAUAUUUUUGUACUUUUA